AUGUCGGAACCAACAGACACCCCCCCAACCGACGAACAGUCUCCUGAAGUACUCCAGGAUGCACCGUUUUUGGGAUGGCCACCGGAGCCGAUCAGACCGGAUCGCUUUGAGCCGGUUUUCGACGGUCCCACCUCCCAAACGGUCAUGUCACGAAGCCGAAGGUACUGGCGAAAGAUGUCGGAACUUGGUCGUGCCUCCUCCCGUUUCGAUGUCUCACCCCUCGACCUCAGAGCCCUCCUGUGCAGAAUUCCUGCUUUGCCGAACUAUAUUCCCAGAGAAGCCCGCUCCAUCGCCGGCUCCGCCCACUGGUCAAACACGGCAACUAAUUGUGACGCCAAGACCCGUGUGACGCCCCGGACCAUAUCCCUUAGAGGGACCCAUCCGGUCGUCUGCCGGAUCUCCAGCCUGGAAACCUUCCAGAAAUGGAACCGAGACACUCAUAACGGCCUCGCCCUGCUGAUAAUCGGCUGGGCCUAUGUUUUUGGCGCGAAUCUUGCCGAGCGCCAGGGCUUGUCGAUCAAUUAUGCGCCGCAAGAGGAAACCUCCCGAGACGGUGCCGGGCAAGGCGGCAACCACAUGCUCGAUCUCCGGUACGCCACCAUGGAGGAGAGAAGGUGGUGGAAAGCAGUCCUGGCCAACGGACGAGGGUGGAAGGUUGAAGGGGGCGUUGUUCUCCCUUGGACUAUUUCCAUCGAGAACAUUGGUGUCGACGUGCCUGAUGUCGCAGUCCGCAUGACCGACAUGCCACCAUCGUCGUGGCAAGCCGCCUCUUAUAUUGGUCGGCUGUCUCUCGCAUACGGUCUGUGGGGCCAGCUCACAGCGUCUCUGGCUGCCGCCUUGUGCAUCCCGCUCCAGUACACCAUCAUGAGCCAUUGGGCGCCGGAAAUUGAUCUUCCAAAACCCUCAUUGGGUGUGCCGCGAUUCCACCCUCGGGGAGAUCCUUGCUUGCUCAAAGAGCUCAAGCUGAUUGACUACUACAUGACGCUCAGCCUCGAUCCCUCGACAAUAGGAUGUGCCAUGUGGAGCUCAUUCUGGACCGAAGGAGUCCCUUGCAACUCGGCCGGUGCGUGGUUCGGGCCUAUCGCAGAUGUGCUUCGGCCUCACCUCGAGGCCAAUGAGCACAAAACCGUUGUCAAGAUCCUCUCCAAGGCCUCCCCGAGGGCGGAACCACUCUGGCUAGGAAGUGCUCUCCUGGGUCCCAGUAGCCUCAUAGGCAGGAUCGAGACGUAUCUCGACCGCGGCAGAUUUGUUCCCUGCACCGGGCCAGACCCAACUGCGGCGGUGUGGACUGGCCUCCCGCACUCUUUUCUAGAUGGCUACUGCACGCGCGGCAUCACCCACAAGUACACUGUCUCUCGAGCCGACGUGUGGCGGCUGCGACGUGAAAACGCACACCAGUACAAAACCCGCGACUUCGAGCAGCCUCUUCCCCAUAGCUGGCCGCCCUUUGGACGCAUGAGGGAAGAGGACGUGGAGCUCGAGAUCCGCGAACAUCUCACUUGCAACCAUCGCUGGAAGUAUCUGUUCUGGACAUGGGCCGGAGAGCUUGAAGACGUCGGCUUCUCACACUGCGGCAGGCUGUUACGACCUCUCAAUAUCAUGAUGGGCCAACUCGACUUCGGAGGAGACGGCUGGUCGCAGUACGGUGCCCUCAACGUGACGAACCAAGGGCUGAACCACAUUGAAGCCUCGGACAACCUGACCAGCGCCAUGUUCUCAUGGGCCAGGUCUCAGGUGGAAUCAGGCUUCUUCGAGACCGUCGUCCCUAUCCGGCCGCUCAUCGGCAUGAGGCUGGUGCGGCGCCACAACCGCCCAAAGACCGGCGAACCCCAUGACCCCAUCAUCAGGGAGAAUGUCGCCAAAUGGGUGAGGCAGGUGGGCGCCUCCGCGAAGCUUGCGCGGGGCGAGCCGCUGCUGAGCGAGGAUGAGUCGACGGACGAGUCGGACCCCGAAUGCAAUGGUUAUGAGGAGGAGGAGGAGGAGAAUUAUGAGGGAAAGGGGAAGGGGAAGGCUCUGUAG